CACCAACUCACGACUUGCAUUUGCACAAGUAAGCCGUGAGCCUUAUUAACACAAUACGCAUCGUCGGCCUGCCCUAAUCCAGUGCCAUCGCAGAUUAUGGCUCUCCAGCGAUUACAAACACAAUGACAGCAGCUCUCUAGUUUACAGCCCUUUGAAGACUCCGCAGUGACAGCAAAAUGAUUGCAGCACGACCCACCCGCCGCUUCUCCGUGCUCGAGGCCGAACCGCGCGUCGACGCAACGCAAGACCAAUCAUCGUCAAAACCGCAGCUGAUCAUCAACAACCUGCGCUUCGACCGGCCCGCGCCCGUGCGGCUCUUGCGCAACGCGUUUUAUGUCGAGGACGCAAGAGCAACGUUAAAGACGCGAGGCUUCUACGCCGUGCCGACAGCCCUCGACCGGCACGCGCUCACCCGCCUCGCGCCGCGCGUCGCCGUCGCCGGCGCGUCCCUCGACGACCUCGAGGCGCAAGAUGACGCGCUCCUCGCCGCUCUCCUCGCGGAGGCAUCGGCGGAGGCGCGCCGGGCGACGGGCCUCGAGGCCUUCGCGAGCGACGUCCAGUUUCGAGACACGCAGCACCGGACGUCGUCGGCGCCGUUCCUGAAUUUUCAUCUGGAUGCGCCUGUGGUGGGCAGUGCAUAAAUCAUCAUGGCCUCCACCCACGAACCGACUCACUGGUUUAUUUGUGCACAGGUGGUGGGCCUCUUCGCGGUCGUGUCGUUCAUGCGGACCUUCCCGCACCUCGACGCGCGCGGCCUCGGCUGCGCGACGCUGGGCGAGGCCCUGGGCGACGCCCGCGUCCGGAAAGCGCUCGCGACGAGCGGCAUCGCGUACGACGUCGCGAAUAGGGCGCCCCGGCCGGGCCAGGUGAACUACUGGCUCCAGCUGACGGACGCGUGCCCGCGCGCGGCGCCGCCCCUCGCGUUCUUCGACAAAGCAACGAGCUCUGCUUUAUGCGACGCCUGCGCGCGCCAGCGCGACGCCUGCUCCGAGCAUCCCGACGACGGCGUCCGUGCGGCGCUAGACGCGGCUUUAGAUGCGGCCGCAGUGUUAUCCGAAGCGCGGGGCCGGGCCCUCGUCUGGGACGCGUGCCGGGUGCUGCACGCGGCGGUCUACCUGCCCGAGCGCGCUGCGCCGCGGUGCUCCGUCGAGGUCCGCUGCUCGGUGCUGUCGCGGGCCGAUGUCCUCCGCCACCGCGACGCGCUCGUGGCAACUAUCAAAGAGGCGAUGUAGUUGUAUGUAAUUACUGUAAACACUCAUGAA